AUGCCUAGUACGCCCAACGUACUCCAGGGUGUUACACCUACCCCCACUAUCGUCUAUUGCAGUGGGGACAUCAAUGUUGUGCCUCAGAAUCAAAGCAACAAAACAGGAAAAAUAAAGCUCCAAACACCAAUUACACGACCCCACGUCACCACUCUUCCAUUGAUCACUUUCCAUCCUCCACUACUUAGCGGCAAUGACCAUGACUUUGAUCUUCCCAUCAAACUUCUUCUCUCGACGCCUCCGUCCACAAGACCACAACCACCAACGAACGUCGGCACCAGUGAGCAGGCCGUCCAGGCAUCACUGCCCAGUAGCCCCUCCCUUCCAUCGCACACCCCCUGUGGCCUGAAUUCGUUUGACUCAAAACUGCUUCCUCCUCCAGCUCGAUACAGAGCUCCAUAA